CAUGAAGCCCAAUCCUUGGCCCGAUCCUUAGGGCAUGAGAGAAGGUAAGAAUACUCUGGAAGAGGGAAGCAUCGCAAACCACAAGAAGGAAGACUGAAGAAACAAUCUUGAAGGCUGAUGAACCAAACUGAAGUUUAUCAUCUUCUGUAGAGAUGCAAGGGAUAGAAUAGCGUGAUUCCAUUCUUUACCUUGAUUGAAGAUAUUUGGCCUGUCACUGGUUUUGACUGAAAAUCGUUUUCACUAUCUCCAGCUGAGAGCCUGAGACUAUGCCCAUAAAAUGGCUUUUGCAUUGGCAACCCAACGCAGGCACAACUGUGAACAGUCAAAUCCUCAGUGAAGUAUCUCAUUGCAUCGAGAGUGUUAAUGGCGUCAAGGAUGGCAGGUGGAAAUCCACUCUCACAUUCUACAAACCAAUGUUACGUGACCAGGCGCUUGCAGCAGAAUUCCCACGUGAUUUUCUUGGGCUUUCACUGGCGGAGCAGCCAAACAAGUAUUACUUCAUAAUCCGUGGUCAGCGUCUUGUUCUUGAGGCAGAUUCCUCCAUUCAGACUAUAAUGGAGAAGUUACAGUCUUACAAAAUGAGGGUUGCCCUUAAUUUUGAGGGCUUGCAGUACCAACUCGGUGACUUCCAGUUGAGAGUGGGCAAAGUUACUCCAAGUCAUAAUGAUACCUUGAGAGGAAUAGUUAUGGAGGUGGAGUACCUCCCUAUCUCUUCAAUGGAAAAAUCAAGGCAAAUUAUGGAAGAGUUCAUCGAUAUAUGGCAAGAAGCGGUGUCAAAAAGAUCACUGCCUGGUCACUUCAUGCAUAUAGAACCCAACUUUUCAGAAUAUGGCCUGUUAGACCAUUAUACAUCUCAGCAUACGGCUAUUCAGUAUGCUACUGUCAUGGCACAACUAAUUGCAACUGUGCAAGUGCAAUCAGUGAGAAACUAGGGAUCAGUGAAAGAUUUUCUCAUGUACCUGGCUUGGAUGACCAGCUUCUAAUUUGUGUCCUCUCUAGUCUCUAGGAAAGAACUUUGUUACAGUUUGAAUUUUAAUCUGUUGGAGUAUAAUGUUGAAAUGAUCUUGGACCUCAUUCUGGUAAAAUGUUCAUGGAUGAGUUAGGAAGGCGUGAUGGUACACCGGAAAAGAGCUAAGCCCAGAAAUCAUGGAGCUUUUUUCUCUUUCAAUGGCAGCAGCUAGUUCAAGUUCAAAUGUCAGCCGGAUUUCUGAACACUAGUCUUCCGUGAGUAGCAUGAAAAGAGUUGUGACAAAAAUCUUUGGUUGUUUUCUUAAUCUUGAAAGAAAACAGUUUAUACCCACUAGUUUGAUACUAUUUGUUUUCGAGUAUUA